GAAUGACACCUGGGUACUGGGGGAAUUGUUGCGUCUGGUACCGGACUCGGGAGGGUCCCUGCUCUGCGGACACUCGGGUUCCCACAGAUAUCCAGGAGGAUGAUGGCGUCCUGCGCGCGGCGCCCUUGCCGUCCCCGCCUCCCCGAGAGGCGCCUUUCUUGGCGCGUGGUCGGGAUUCUUUUGGUAGCCCCAGUGCUCCUGCUCUCUCUAAACUCUGAUGCCUGUGGUGAACCACCAAAAUUCGAAACAAUGAAGCUCAAGGGUAAACCUAAAAAAUAUUAUGAGGUUGGAGAGAAAAUAUAUUAUGAGUGUCUUCCAGGACGCAUUACUGUGUUUCCCGUCAUGGCUUAUUGUGAGCAGAAUCACUCGUGGUUCCCUCUCCAAGAAGCUUGUAUGAAAAAAGAAUGCGAUAGGCUAUCACUUCAACAUGGUGAAGUUGUUGCCCCAAAUAAAACCUUUUCGUUUGAUCACGAAGCUCACUUUUAUUGUGAUGAGGGUUAUUACUUAGUUGGGCAACAAGUUAUAGUUUGUAACCUUCGUGGAAAUGACGUGUAUUGGAGUGAUAACCCCCCACAAUGUAAAAAGAUUUACUGUCAACCGCCUGCAAAAAUAAAUAACGGAAAAUACAGCAAUAGCCACAGAACUAUAUUUGAAUAUAAUGAAUUAAUAACUUACAGUUGUAAUCCUUCACAAGGAUCAGACGAAUUUUCACUUGUUGGAGACAGCAAACUUAUUUGUGUUGGGAAUAACAAGUGGAGUAGUGACCCUCCUCAGUGUAAAGUGGUCAGAUGUGAACAUCCAGUACUUGUGAAUGGAAGACUGGUAUCAGGAGUCAGAGAAACCUAUUCCUACCAAGCAGUGGUUCUAUUUGAAUGCCUCCCAGGUUUCUAUCUUAAUGGCAGCAACCCAGUGUUCUGUGGUGGGAGAAAUACUUGGGAACCUGAGAUGCCGACAUGUAUUAAAGGUUUCAAGCCUACUCAUCCAACCAAACCUCCGGUUUCAAAGUAUCCAGGCUAUCCUGAGCCCAAUGAAUCAGCAUUAUUUGAAGAACUGGAGGAAUUAGAUGCAGGUAUCAUUGCUGUGAUUAUUCUUACUAUCCUUGUCGGCCUUGCAGUACUUUGCACCUGCCUGUACAGAUGUCUUCAAAGAAAGAAAGGGUAAAUUAAAGGACAUUUCUUCUAACUUCCGGUCCUUCUCACUCCUCACCUACGUGCGUGCAGCAUUUGCACCUGUGCCUAUGCCAUCUUUCCCUAAGCUGAGCCCGCAUCAGUGUGCCCUGCCAGUCGCAUCUGUUUACUAACAAUAUUUUAGGCUGCUUUUCCUGUCCCGGCGGCCAGAGCAACCUGCGCAGACUUGCUUCGUCUGUUAGGACUUCACGAAAAGUUUCUGCGGGGUGGGACUUGAGGUUUAAGUUCUGUAGCAAAUCACGGAGCGUUACGGGGCCUUCCCCACCCAGCUUCCCCCUAUUUCCUAAAUUGGACCAGGGGGGCCAAGAUGAAACUUAGAACAGUUCACUGUGGAGACUCGGACAGUUGUAUUCAGUGCAGUUUUUAUGUGAAAGUUUCCAUUUGUCCGGGUAAGUUAGGGAAUUGUAAGAAGCUGUGCAGGUGUCUCUUUCGAAUACCCAGUUUGAUUUCUUUUCCUUUAGAGCUGUUACUUACACUUGUUAAACCGGGGAGUGAAAAGCAGCAGUGUUUGAUUUCCCUCUUAUGUUCUCUCAAUUUACUAGGUUGCAGUAAAACUGUUGGGGUUAAACUUAACAUUACUGAGGGGUAAGAUUUACAAGGCACCGCAUUACCCUUAUUUUUGUUUUCGUCUAUGAAAAUGAAAAAUGUGGGGGAGGGACUUAUAAUAGAAAAAAAAAGUGUACAAGUACGUAUCUUCUAGGGAGAAUAGGGUUUUUAAACAUCAAACUUAAAUUUUAAUGAAAUAGUUUUCUUUUUUUUUUUAAUUUUUUUUUAAUUUUUUUUUUUCAACGUUUAUUUAUUUUUGGGACAGAGA